AAAAAAAACAAAGAAAAAAAAAACAACAGUUAAACCUUUUUUAGCGUAGAGGGAAAAAAAAAAGCUGAAACGGUAAACAAGAUUUUUAUUUAAACAAUGGAGAAAUCCCAAGUUUGGAUUUUCCCUCUUUCUUUUCCCUUGUUUUUGGUUUCUUGUAACUUCUUUAACUUUUUUUCUAAUUUUUUACUUGUUACUUUAUUAUUAUCUACUUUUCUCUAUUUCUCUAUUUUCUGUGUAUCAUCAUUUAUCAUCAUGGGUUGUUGCUAUUCGAAUCCUCUGGUUGAUAAGACCACAGUCCACGAGGUUGUAUUAGAUGCGGAUGGUGUGGCUCAUCGAGUACCGAAAGGUCAAGGCACUCAUUUGAUUCAUGUAUCGGCCGAUAACGAAACGCAUAUGGAAGAAAAGCCCGAUGGCAGUGGUCCUCAACCGGAUCUAACGUAUCAAAAGCCGCCAACCACCAAAUGGCCAUCUUUAUCGUCGAUAACGAAACCGGCACCAGCAUCGAAACGGAUCCACCCAUCGGAGCUCGGGUUGGACGAAAAAAAGCCAGAGUGAUCAUGCUCAUAUGGUGCGUUUUUGUGUUCCCAUCCCACCGGUUUUUCUGUUAUCGGGUGCGAACAUUGGAUCCAAUCAGCUUUUUUCUUUUUUGCUGCCCUUUUUUUUUCGCUCACUUCUUCCCUUUUUUUCUCUCUUUUUUGUUGAAAAUUAGAACAAACUUAUCAAGUGUUGUCAUCGCCUUGAACGUUUGAUGUAUCAUUUUUAGUGUAAGUUUUGAUUAUUUUGUAUGUUGAUCCAUGUGUAAAUUUUUUUUAUAAACAACCAAAAGCCCUUCCCCCGGUGUCCAACAUCGGGAGGAAAACAGGGUUUGUCAUUCAGUCUUGGCGGUCCCGCUUUUUUUUUUU